AUGCGGUUCAUUAGGCACAUUCAAACAUUUAUUUUGAAGCUACUGGGAGCGACUUCUGCCCACGGUUUUCAAUACGUUGUACAAGCAGGAGUGCACAUUGUCGAGCGUGUUUUCUGGAUCUGCUGGAUAGUGGUCGGAGUAUUCGGAAUGGUUGCAUUGGCGCAGCGUACCUGGAACCGUUAUCAAACGUCGCCGGUAGUUAUUUCGAUGGACCGCAAUAUGUACCUGUGGAAUACAAGCUUUCCCAGCGUAACCGUAUGCCCUCAUCAAAGGAUCGACGAAAGUAAAGUCCAGCGCUACAUCCAACAAAAUCCAGCCAUGUUUACAACAGUUGGUGACGCAGAGGACUUUUUAGAAUUUGUCACUAAGCUGGCUAAUGCUACCUACGACACUUUUGUUGACUUACCGAUGCAUAAAACGUUUGGAAUUGCCAGCGCAGAUUAUUUGGACUUGAUUCGCAAUUUAUCUCGUCCGUUUCUGCCCCAAAUUAGCAGCGCAACCAUCCUGCCUCUACGAGGGCAAGAGACAAUUACCGAGUUGGGAAUAUGUAUGACAGUUAAUUCUAAAGUAGCCGAUUACAAUACUUAUCAAUACUGGCAGAGUAACCGCUGGGAUUUGUUACCCGAACCGCAGACUGCUGUGGUCCACCCACUGGAUGGUGAAGUGUAUGGUCAGCUAAUCAAGCUGGAAAGUUCCUACGAAGUGUACUUUCACGGAUACAUGGAAGUUCCUGAUAUUUCCAAACAACGCUACCUUUUUCUAGGAGGCUUCUAUACAACCGUUGAGCUACUGGCCCUCGAACUUAUCACAUCUUCCGCUGUUAAAGAAUUAUCAGUAUCUCAAAGACAAUGCCGAUUUUCGUUCGAGGCUGAUGGUUUGGAAUUUAGUCCAAUUUACAGUUACAAUCUGUGUCGAAUUGAAUGUCGAAUGAGACUGGCAGUGCAAUACUGCGGUUGUAUUCCUCAUUUCUACCGGAAUCAAGGAAAACGGGGAAAUAUUCGAUACAAAAUAUGCGAUUUUGAAGGAUACCGCUGCUUGGGUUCAAAUUCAGAUGCACUAAUAACGCUGCGUCACGGAAACAAACCUAUCGACUGCCAAUGUGUUCCCAACUGCGAUUUUUCUAAUUUCUUCGUGCAGGCAUAUAAAUCAAGGGAAUGGUUUCUCGGUGCAAACUUACAGUGGGGUCUAACUGACUAUCCCAAAAUGCAGUUACAUCGAGACAUAAUUUUUGGUUUAUCCGACGUUUUCGUCUAUAUAGGCGGCCUGGGAGGAUUUUUUCUCGGUUGCAGCUUGUUAACGUUUACGGAGUUCGUGUACUUUCUCACAUGGCGUUUAUUCACGGAAUCAAUAGCAAAAAGGCGCCAUUAA